AUGAAUGCGCGCAGUAGUAAAGCAAAGUAUGUGCUGUUUUUGAAGGGUGAUCAUUUGUUGACGGACCACAGAAUUCUGCAGAAAUUGAUGGGCAAAAAGAAAUUGGCGAUUGCUCCGCUUCUUUUUGCACCAUUUGGUGAUCCGCCAUCGGUUUUCCUCUCAGAUGAUUACACUCUUCGCAGAAACAUAUCCACAGCUGAAGUUAACGAAAUGCCGGAGCCAUUGUUGCUAAAUUUAGCGCAUAUCGAUUCGUCCUAUUUGACAUUUUCAUCGGACAAUCUACACAGCUAUCCAGCGGAGGAUUCCAGAUAUCCAAAAGAUGUUUUCGCGAAUUCGGCAUCCCGCAUGGGCAUAUCUUUUUUUGUGGAUAAUGAAUUCUUUUAUGGAUAUUUUUUUGAUCACUCGUUGCGAUCACUAGAUUACCAACGCAAAUUGUUGCGUUAUUUGCUCGCUGAUUGGAUUGCUGAUAGUGGCCUGAUGCCGUUUGCUCAUUCAUCAUUUUUGAAAGUUACUUAUCCAAGGGCGUCAUUAUUUGGUGUUGAUAAAAUUUAUCUUAUCAAUCUUGAACGGAGAACCGAGCGGUAA